AUGGCGGCGGUAUCCAGCGCGUUCGGCCGAGCGGGCUGGAGGCUCCUGCAGCUGCGGUGCCUGCCCGUGUCCCGCUGCCAGGCCACCCUGGCACCACGUGCUUUCCAUGCUUCAGCUCUGCAGCUAAGGGCUUCAGAUGAGCAGAAGCACCAGCCUCCUCCUCCUCCCUUUUCUCAGCAACAUUCUGAGACGCAGGGGUCAGAAGAACCCAGUCCAGAGUCUUCUCGUCCACCCCCCAGGUACACAGACCAGGCCGGCGACGAGGAGGAGGACCAUGAGAGUGAGGAGCAGCUGCAGCACCGCAUCCUGACAGCAGCCCUGGAGUUCGUGCCUGCCCAUGGGUGGACGGCAGAGGCGAUUGCAGAAGGAGCCCAGUCUCUGGGCCUGUCCAGUGCAGCAGCCAACAUGUUCGGGAACGAUGGCAGUGAGCUCAUCCUGCAUUUUGUGACCCAGUGCAAUGCUCGGCUCACCCAGGUGCUGGAAGAGGAGCAGAAGCAGGUCCAGCUGAGCCAGGCAGAGAAGAGGAAGACAGACGAGUUCCUGAGGGACGCCGUGGAGACCAGACUGAGGAUGCUGAUCCCGUACAUUGAGCACUGGCCGCGGGCCCUCAGCAUCCUCAUGCUCCCUCACAACAUCCCGGCCAGCCUGAGCCUGCUCACCAACAUGGUGGACGACAUGUGGCAUUACGCUGGGGACCAGUCCACUGACUUCAACUGGUACACCCGCCGGGCCGUGCUGGCUGCUAUCUACAACACAACCGAGCUGGUGAUGAUGCAGGACUCCUCCCCAGACUUCGAGGACACAUGGCGCUUCUUGGAAAACCGGAUUAACGAUGCGAUGAACAUGGGCCACACUGCCAACCAGGUGAAGUCCACUGGAGAGGCACUGGUGCAAGGACUCAUGGGUGCAGCAGUGACGCUCAAGAACCUGACAGGUCUGAACCAGCGCCGGUGA